AUGGCACAUUGGUUUCAUCGAAAUCCAAUCAAAGCAACGGAACAUGUAGAUUUCCAGCUCAAAUCAAUUCUUACUACUCCACAGACUUUGAAAAUUUGCAAUGAGCUUCGCUUAAGGCGCAAUCAUCUUUUGGAACAUUUCAAGAAUGCUAGUAAUGAUAUGGAUGUAUUAGACGAUGAUUUCAAACAAUAUAUAUCACUAUUUAGUGGUUUUGUGUUUGCUGUUGAUCGUGAUAAAAUUACCGACAUGAAAACUAGCAAACUUUCCGCACUUCUUCGAUUUCGGUGGUGUAAUUCGAUGCUUGGCACAGCAGCAAUUGAAGUUAGUGACAGUUGGUACGAGGUGCUAAACAUAUGCGUGAAUAUGGCUUUAUGGUUAUCGAAACAUGCGGCAUGGAUUGCGGCAAAGGAUGAAGUAUUUGAACGUGAUGCUAAAAAAGCGCAUACUUGUUUGCGAUGCGCUACUGGAAUAUUGAUAUUUGUGCGCGAAAAUGCUGGUAGAAUUACUGGAUUAACUUCAUUCCCGGGUUCAGAUUUCGACCCAGCAGUACUUACUGCUUAUAUCCAUCAGUUCACAGCUGAAGCACAAGAAAUUACCGUGGCACGUGCUAUCGAACUGAAACAUAGUGCUGGUCUAAUUACAGCACUGGCUUAUGAGACAAAUCAUUUAUUUAUGCAAGCAGAUGAAAGUCUUGGGAAAUUGGAUCAGUCAUUGUUUGGAAAAUGGCGCUAUUAUCUUCAACUGAAAUCGCAAAUAUAUACAGCAUAUGCUUAUGCUUUUUUGGGUGAAAGUCUAUUAUCCCAAGAUAAAUGUGGCGAUGCAGUGAGAGCAUGCAGAGAGGGAAUUUCAUGUUUUGAUGUUGCUGUGGAUUUUGCUGGAAAGUAUCGUAAGGCUAGUGGACCGGGUACCACUGCAGAACCUGAGUCUCAUUUAUUUUUUCGGCGUAUUAGGCCAUUACUUGAACGACACAUGGAAAAAGCUGAACGUGAAAAUGGUUUUAUCUAUCAUCAGAGAGUGCCAGACAUAUGUCCAGAAUUAGAAGGAAAGCCUACUUUUGGUUUGGUUCAAGCAGAGCCAUUCGUGUUACCGAACAUAAAUCCGUUGUGGACACCAGCUGUCUAUGAAGCUUUUGAUAUAUCAAAAGCAAAAAUGCCGGAUUUUUCAAAAAUAAAAAAAAGCUCUAAAUCGUUGCCACCUGUACAAGAAGAGAAGGUCUAUGAAACGGAACGUGAUCCAGGCGGUCUAAGCGGUUGUACAGUUUCGUGA